CGAAGGUACAUUUAAACAGAUCUGUGUGGUGUAGAGAGACACGCAAGCGGAGAGAGAAAGACACCCACACUCUUAAGGCACAACGUCAACAACAACACCUGAUAUUCUCUCAUCAGGGAUCAAUCAGCCAGAUCGGUCAUCUUCUGUAUUUUUUGUGCGUCUUAUUUGGAAAGAUUUUGGAGAUGUCCAACGUCCAGUUAUCGAGCAGCGCGCUGGAGAGGCUGGUGGCCAGGAGGACCUUUCCUCUUUACAGACGCACUAGCGUCUGCCGCAACCUCUUCGGACCUUUGGAUCACGAUGAACUGAGCCAGGAUAUGAAAGCCAAGAUGCGGGAGAUUUCCGAGCGCGACCAGCAGAGAUGGAACUUUAAUUUCGAGACCAACACCCCACUGGAGGGGGAUUACGAGUGGGAAGAGGUAGCCGUGGAUAAGACCCCGGUGUUUUAUCAGGACUCUGUACAAAACGGCAGGACCCGGGUGCCUGAGACGCCCGUCAAGAAGCCUGUCUCGGACGCUGCUCUCCCGGAGACGCCUCGUAUGGAUGUACUGGAGCGUUUGGCCGUUCCCGAGAGCAGCAGCACUCCCUGUCAGGUGGAGGUCAACCAGGAGAACCGCACAGACAAGCUCAACUCAGGGAAGUCAAGUCACAGACAGGUCCCGUGUGUUAGACGCAAGAGGACAGCCGCUACUGACAACAACACACACAUCACAGACUUUUUCGUGAAACGAAAGAAGGCUGCUGAUAAAAAAUCUAAUGAUAUGAGCGCUUGCCACCUCUCCAAGUCUCCCAUCCCGGUGGAACAAACUCCACGAAAGAGGAUCCGCUGAAGGUGUUCUUUUGCACUAUUUGCAUGCGCAGUUUUUGAGGAUCACGGGGAAGAUGUGUGUCCCCGCCACUUAAACGCUGGAGAGGAGGGUAGAAAACGGUGGGACGGUGUGGGAGAAAGAAGCCCGACCGGCCGGCUGCCUUGGCUCGGUGCGCCCCGGCGGAGCGGAGCCUGAACACCGGACCAGACUCUCAGGACUGAACGGUUUGAGGGGAGAGAAAGUAAAAGGGGAAAUUUCGCCGAAUGACUUCUAUCCAGUACAAAUGUAGCAUUCAUUAUUGCUUUUGCAUACAGCCACUCGACAGUGUUAAAUGUUUUAACAUCUGUGCAAUCCUAAAUUACUUAAAAAAAUGUCUACACUGGCCAAAAGUGUACAGCUUUAUAGAGACAAUAGCCUAUAAAUGUUUAUUUCUGUUCUGGUUUUUCUGUAAAUGUAUAUUUUUAAGACUAUUCUAACUUAUAAUUUAUUUAUGUUUCUUUAUAUUUGUUAAAUGCCUUGUUGAUUUAGCCAAAGGGCAUAUUUUUAUUUUAUUUUAUUAUUUACAUUUUUUUAUUGUGAUGUUUUGCAAUCAUGUAGCUUCCCCAUAGUAGUUCACACUUGAAAAAUAGGUUUCUUUGUGUUUCUGAGCCGUUUUUGUGUGUGUGUGUUUUCAUACAAGUGCCCUAAUUAUGUCUUGCAAAGGAUGAAAAUAAAAUAUUUUUCACUUCAACGA